AUAGCCCAAGAACCUUUUUUCUCUUUUUGAUAAUAAGCCCAAUUAACUUUUUUUGGUCCAAAGCCCAAAAGUAACUGUAGUUUGGCAAUUGGUUUUCUAACCUUCCGUUACCUUUGGCGCCUUAUCUCUCCAUCAUCGUAAAUCACUCAGCUCAACUCGCUAGUUCCACUUGAGGUGUCUUAGUACCCAAAUCUUGGAGCUGGUUUUGCUUCUUUUUCACAUCCAUGGCUUUAACUCAAAACUUCAAACCCACCAUUUCUAUAUCCCCCUUUUCUUCUUCUUGUUUCUCUUCCUUGUUUUCACAUAAAACCGAUAGGCCAUUCUCUUUCAGCUCAAGAAUCCAUAAUCUCCAAUACCCAUCUCUCAGUCUCACAUUCUCCGGAAGAUUGUUCUUUCUUCCUUCAGUUUCUAGAAUCUGGGAUGCGUUAACUGGCAAUAACAAUGCAAGGGAAGCUGUAAUUGCUAUAAGACGUGGAAUGUUACUGUUUAGACAGGGUGAUGUGUCAGGUUCUUUAGCAGAGUUUGACAAGGCAAUUGAGUUAGAUUCCCGACAAAAGGCAUAUCUUUGGCAAAGGGGGCUGUCACUGUACUAUCUUGAUAGGUUUGAAGAAGGUGCUGAGCAGUUUAGAUUAGAUGUUGCACAAAACCCAAACGAUACUGAGGAAUCAAUAUGGUGCUUUCUCUGUGAAGCUCAAUUAUAUGGAGCAGAUGGAGCAAGGCAACGCUUUCUUGAGGUUGGCAGAGAUCCACGACCUGUCAUGCGGGAAGCUUAUAACAUGUUUAAAGAUGGAGGUGAUCCAGAAAAGCUCGUUGCUGCAUUCUCCAAUGACCAGGAGAAUGAGUACUUCUAUGCUUCUUUAUAUGCAGGACUUUACUAUGAAUCUCAGAAGAAAUCAGAUGCUGCCAAAGUUCACCUACUUUCAGCAUGUCAUUCUCCUUAUGGACAAAGGUCUGAUGAUUAUAUGGCUUCUCUUGCCAAGGUUCACUGUAUUUGUCGAAAUUGGAGUUCUGAGUGAAAUUCCUUGCUGAAGCCUGGUGAAAUGAAUUUAAAAGUUAGUUUCAGAACUUAAAAAAGUUAAUUGAUCACAAACCAUUGAGGAAAGCUGAGCUGGAUUCCAAGAUAAUAUGUGAAUACUGAAUAGCUUUAUUUAUGCACUGUUUUUUCCUAUUUAAUAAGGAGAUCCCAAGUAGACAAAUCCACAAAGGAAGUAAAUGAUGAACCCAUUUUAAAUUACUGCAACUAUUUCAGCUUUCAUUUGCAACUCUAGCAACCACUACAAUCAAAAGAAAUGGAUACAAAGUUUGGCUCUAAACUAUUAUAGUGCUAUAUUACUGUAGGAAAAUGAUGUGCUUCUGCUGUUAAUGAUUUUUCAUUAGAUCAGAGAAUUCAUUUGUCAUGAAAAAUGCUUUCUCUUGCACCUCAUUUUCUUCUCUUACCAUCUUUAGUGAAAGCAAAAUAUACCUGUAUGCAAGGAAAUGAUUAAGCCAUAACCCCAUUUUAAUGUAACUGGCUAGUCCUUUUUACAUCAUCGCAGUUUAUCCAAAGAUGCAAAGUUCUUAUAUAUUAAAGAUUUAAAGAUUAUGUCAGUGGAUUGCAUCUCUAAAUAGAAUAUAUGCUUCAAACUGAAGAUUUUAGCAGCGGGAAACAACUUUUUUUUUUAUACAACGCGGAUGGUAGCCUGGUAAAAGGAGAAGGGUCAGAUUGUAGGUAUCGGAAUUUAAAUCCAGAGCUGUUGGAUGCUAUAAAAAUAAUUGUAUAUACUGCGUUAAGCUCCUCUUUUAUCAACUUUUGCAUAGAAUUGAUCAUUAAUUUGAAGAAACAAAGAGACGGCGCCUUAAUUUUCUAUGAAGUGGACUGAUGUUCAAAAAGGUUACACAAAGUCAAUUUUUGUGCUAAUAGGAAUCAUCCAAGUUUGUGUGCAAUGAAUAGUUGACAAAAGAACAAGCUAACACCUGUUGGCAGUGAUUAAUUAGUUCUUCAUCAGGUAAGCCAUCAAAGCGCAUGACCUUCACUUUUUAAAUUUAUCUUAAGCACAACUCUGGUCAAUUUCACCUUUGUUCUCAAACUAAAAGAUCCCACUUG